GAACCAAGAAUGAUGGGGAUGUUCACGCACGAGUAAACAGACAAGGAAACAGGACUUGAGUGCUGUAUACACGUCCGUUUGGAUACAAGCUCUGAGAAACAGCUUAAACUUAAGCCGAAAUGCAAUGAUUUAACCGAAAUGCAUUUAUGAGUUUCUGCAAUUCAAAGACAAAUAAGUGGAUCUAACAGGAAAUGAAAAUACUACACCAGUUUUUUAGUUUUGGGUCACUAUGAGUAAUGCUAAAUUCCCAACCCCUGUAAGAAGUGAUGCUAAUCUAGUGAGGGGAGCCAUACGUAAAGAUGGAGGGGCGAGCCAAUCGAAUACGUCUCCUGGAAUGAUCGACAGGUCUCUCGUCUGUCACAAUCAGCCUGUCUGUCCCAGACUCGACAUCUCUGCCGUUCAUCAGCCAUCCCAUUCAGACGACACAGAUGCCCACUCCAGCGGGAACGAUUCAGCCGAGAGGGAGAGCGAAGGGCACAUGGGAAGAGAAACAUCCACCUGCAGCUCUCGCAAUGGAAAGGGUUCAACCACUGAGACUACAGAAAGCAAAAGCUCAAAUGGAAACAGCCCUUCACCGCCUAGUAGCUCAGUUUCGUAUAGCGCUUUGAGUGGCAGCUCGGAGCAGGAUCACCCGACCUCCCAAACAUCCAACGGUGACCAGCCGGUUCGGCUGCAGACCCAGAGAGAGCUACUAGGGGCCCUGCGCGAGCUGAAAAUUCGGUUGCCGGCAGAACACCGCAGAAAGGGUCGAUCUAGCACUUUGGCCUCGCUGCACUACGCGCUCAGCUGCAUCAAACAAGUCAGAGCUAAUCAAGAGUACUACCAUCAGUGGAGUGUGGAAGAGAGCCAUGGAUGUUGUUUGGACUUGUCGUCAUUUACUAUCGAAGAGUUAGACAACAUUACAUCUGAGUAUACCCUUCAAAACACGGACACAUUCUCUGUGGCAGUUUCCUUCCUCUCUGGGAAAGUCGUGUACAUCUCACCCCAGGCAGCAUCUCUGCUGUGCUGUACACCCGAGAGACUGCAGGGGGCGCUCUUUUCCGAACUCCUCGCACCUCAGGAUGUCAGCACCUUCUACAGUAACACGGCUCCCUGCCACCUGCCACCAUGGUCUUUAUGCGCAGGAAAAACCUCACAGGUGGACUGCGCCGAGAAGUCAAUGUUUUGUCGGAUCAGCAGAGGCAGGGACAGUGGCGGAGAGGUAAAAUAUUACCCCUUUCGUCUAACACCAUAUCAGCUGACCCUGAGAGACUCCGACACCUCCCAUCCCGAACCCUGCUGUCUCCUUAUCGCAGAGAGAGUUCACUCCGGCUACGAGGCACCACGUAUCCCAGCGGACAAAAGAAUCUUCACAACUAGUCACACCCCAAACUGCCUCUUCCAAGAGAUUGAUGAAAGAGCCGUUCCCCUGUUGGGUUACCUGCCUCAGGAUUUGGUCGGCAAACCGGUGUUGAUAUAUCUGCAUCCAGAGGACAGGCUCCUCAUGGUGUCCAUACACAAAAAAAUUCUCCAGUUAGCAGGGCAGCCGUUCGAUCACUCUCCCCUGCGUAUGCGAGCGAGGAGUGGUGAAUACCUGACCCUCGACACCAGCUGGUCAUCCUUUAUUAACCCCUGGAGCAGAAAGGUGGCUUUUAUAGUGGGACGUCACAAGGUUCGAACGAGCCCCCUAAACGAAGACGUGUUCACCGCUCCAGAGGGUGGAGAGCUUAAGGCCAUGUCCCCAGAGGUGCCACAGCUCAAUGAAAUGAUCCACAAGUUCCUGGUGCAACCCAUUCACAGCGGCAGCUCGCAGGGAUACGGCAGCCUGGCCAGCAGCAUCUCCCAUGAGCUCCAGCAGAGCGCCGCUUCCUCCUCUGAGAGUAACGGGCACACUUCAGAGGACCAGAUCAAGACCAGGACACAAAUGACAUUUGAGCAGAUUUGUCAAGACGUGCAUAUGGUGAAGUCCAGUGGACAGCAGGUCUUCAUCGAAUCCAGAAACCGGUCUCCACCUCUCAAACAGGAUAGCUUAGUAGUACUGGCAAAGGCAGCAGACACAACAGAGGCAUCAUCUAGAGAAGGUCUGGCCGGUUUGGCAUUGUCCAGUCCACCUAGGAAAGAGCUGCCUGACGUUUAUUCAUAUCAGCAGAUAAACUGUCUGGACAGCAUCAUCCGAUAUCUAGAGAGCUUUAAUGUUCCCGGCACAGUGAAGAGGAAGUGUGGCUCGUCUUCCGGCACAACUUCUUCCACCUCAGAUGAUGAUAAACAACGGGAAGCAAUCGGAGCUUUGAAAGACAGGGCAGAUACUCUGUUGGUGGCUGAAGGGUCAAAAGUCAUCCCUGGAGCCCCAGCACACCCCCUGACACCUCUCGCUCUACACUGUAAGGCCGAGAGCGUCGUCUCAGCCACAUCCUUGUGCAGUUUCAGCAGCACCAUUGUUCACGUCGGUGACAAAAAGCCACCUGAGUCAGACAUUAUCAUGAUGGAGGAACCGCCAACCACCCCAACACAUCCCGCCACAGCUCCUUUCACUUCUGUCACCUCUCCCAUGCCUGUGAAUCCCCAGCCAACCUCCUCCCCUACCACUGCUGCCCCUGACAAAGAAAAGGAGAAAAGAGGAGCAGUAAAGGGUCUCACAAAAGCUGUGUUAUCUGCUCACACCCAACAAGAGGAGCAGGCCUUCCUCAACCGCUUCAGAGACAUCAGCCAGCUGCGGAUCGUACAACCCAGCGGACCACCUCAGUGUAAACAUACAUCUACUCCCGGGAUAAAAGGAGUAAACAGCUCCCAAAAUUAUCCAUCUGGAACCAGCAGUCGUCGUCAUGGCAGGGGUGGGAAGAGGAGAAAACACCAAAUAGAUGGCAACGUUCCUGACUCUAUCUCUCCAUCUAGGUCUUGCCCCUAUAGGGUACCUAGACCAGCAUCAGUGAGACCCAACUUCCCCUCUGUCCAAGACUCUUCCAAGACAUCUGUGGGGUCUCCAGCCAGCGGCACUCCAAUGAUAAUGCCAUUUCCUUCGGGUUACAUCCCCAUGUACCCUAAUUUAUCCCCUUUCCCAGUGCCCCAAAUGGGAGCGGAUCCUUUGUUGCAAACAGGUGUCCCUAGAUUCCCCAUACAGGGUUUUCAGAUGUUUCCUUCAGUGAUGCCCCAAGCAAUGACCUUCAUGUUGCCCAACUACAUGUUUCCACAUUUCGGUAACCCAGGAUCACUGAACACACAACUGCCUGCCCAGAUGAACCCGUUGGGCCAGUUCCCUUCAUCCGUGGGUCAGUUAAACCCUUACAAUCCCGAAGUCGGGCCAUUUAACCAACUGGGUGCCCAGGGUAAUCCUCCCAUACCUGCAGUGUUUCCCCAGCAAUUUUACAACUCAAAUCCCUUGAUUACUUUUUCAAACCCUUCACCAAUUCCUGCAGGAAACGCCACCGCUUCACCACACGGACACUCUCGAUCCAGCACACCUCAGUCCACAGGGCAGCAAGCUGGGGAGAGGGAAGGUGCAAGCUCCCCUUUCUUCCAGUCACGAUGCUCCUCGCCACUUAAUCUAUUACAGCUUGAGGAAUUACCAAGCAACCGUAUGGAUGUCACUCAACAGACUCCACCCCCAAUAGUAGGGGCAUCAUUGCAGGGGGGCGGGAAUUCCAACGACAGCGAAACCAAACUAAAUGACAGCGGCGAGGUCAAUGAGUGCAACCAAGACAACAUGUCAACCUCCAGUGAAAUGUUGGACCUACUGCUGCAGGAAGACGCUCAAUCGGGCACCGGCUCAGCCGCAUCAGGCUCCGGGUCAUCAGGAUCUGGUUCUGGAUCAUUUCAAUCUGGAUCUAAUGGCUGUAGCACAUCAGGAAGUGGCACUGGAAGUAGUGAUACCAGCAAAUACUUUGGAAGCAUCGACUCGUCAGAGACCGAUCCUGCUCAUAAACCAGCGUCUGGAGAUCUGGAAAGCGAACAGUUCAUGAAGUUUGUCCUGCAGGACCCUAUAUGGCUCCUCAUGGCCAACACAGACAACAAGGUCAUGAUGACAUACCAGAUGCCGAUCAGGGACCAAACAUCAGUACUUAAAGAAGACAGAGAUGCCCUGAAAGCUGUUCAGAAGCAUCAGCCUCACUUUACUGAAGAGCAGAGGAAAGAAUUAACUCAGGUCCACCCAUGGAUCCAAAAUGGCUGCCUACCAAAAGCCAUCAAUGUUACGUCUUGCACAGGGUGUGGGACUCCUGCAGAUUCCUCUACCCCUCCGUUUGAUUUGGAUGUUUAUGAGAUGGAUUUCAGCAUGGUUUUAAGAGCAGAGGCCGAGCAACAAGAUAAACUAUUAACAACAGUACCAAGUGCUUUUCCCUUAAGCCCUCCAGCAUCUGAUACUGAGCAGAAAGGCACUCGGGUCGGAGCGGCCAACACAAACACACAGGAUUGGACCAUGGAGGAGGUGGAAGUGACAUCAUCAGUGGAGGUUAAGCAAGACUGAAGACUGCUGGACAGUGAUUGGUUGUCUUGCUUGCUGCCACUACGUGAUUGGUGAAUUCUUUAAAGACUUGACAUCUUGUGUUUGUUUUUAGUUUUUCUGUUAUUAGGACUAAUUGAGGAGACAAAUUCGGAUUUAGUUCAAUCAUAGUUUUUAUACGUAGAUUUUAUUCUCUGCAGACAUUUCAGGUCAGUCAGUAUCAAUGAUUCAUCCUUACACUAUACACAUAUAAUGGAUACUUGACAGCUUUAUAACCUAAAUCUUAUUUUUUUUUAAUUUUACAAAGGGAGGUGAAAUUAAAUUCAUGUUUUUUUUUCAAUUCUGUAUUGAAAUUUGUUAACAGUUAUAGACGAGUUGCACAAAAUGGAUGUUAGCAUCCAUUAAAAAAUAAUUGGUGUUCAAGGAGGAUUUUGUUGCACUAUUUUCUGCUUCCUGGUUCUUUUUAUUAUUCAUGAGACCAUGCAGCCUUACCCAAUAACAGACACUGCCUCAUAAUUAUUUACAGAUGUUAAUGACAUUGCUUGAUUUGCAGGCACUUCUUUCUACUGUCAUGCUUUUGUCAUAUUUGAAUUUUGUCAUAUUUUGACGAAUGACUUUUUAGAAGGUGGACCAGGGUUUUACUGAAUGUUUCAUGCACUUGUGUGGUCUUUUAGCAUCAAAUGCAAGACUUCACUGUCGUAUGUAUAGUUUAGCGUAAAAUAAAAUGAAUCCCUGUCGGUUCCUGUGUAGCUUUGGAUGUAAUCGUGAGGGUUUGCAAAAGCAUGUCUGUGAAAACAGACAAGCCCAAUCAGUUUACAUGCAGUGUAAUGUUCUAUUUAGCUUUUGUUGUGUCCAGAAAUUUCUUUUUUUUUUACUAAAAAAUAUGCUUACGCGCAGGCAUGUAAGAUCUAUUUUUCUGCUUCAAAACCCAAAUAAAUAUGUUUUUACUAAGUAACAA